UGAAUCGUAUUAUUUAACUGGGCUUGUAGCUCUGCUGAAAAUGUCGAAAAGUGAUCCAGGUCCACUGCCCAGUAGGUGGUUGAAUUGCCCGAGAAAGUGUACAUCUUUAAUAGCCCAAUCGUUUUUAGCCUUUAAAACACCAUUGGGCACAAAAUUCAAUGAAAAAGUGCCCGAAAAGUGUCGUUUUACGCCUAAAAUGAUUUUCGACUUCUCUAAAAGUAUUAAGAAAAAAAUAGGUUUAUGGAUUGAUCUCACAAAUACAAGCAGAUUUUACGAUAAAGGGGAGAUAGAGGAAAUGGACUGUAAAUAUAUGAAAAUACAAUGCAAAGGUCACGGAGAGGCACCGAGUGAAGACCAAAUAAGGGUCUUCAUACACACUGUCAAGAACUUUAUGAAGAAAAAACCUCUUGAGCUCAUAGCUGUUCACUGCACACAUGGAUUUAACAGAACAGGAUUCUUGAUUGUGUCUUUCAUGGUUCAAGAAAUGGACUGUAGUAUUGAAGCUGCUUUAAAAGAGUUUAAUACAAAAAGACCUCCAGGAAUAUACAAGCAAGAUUACCUCACUGAAUUGUUCAAACUAUAUGGAGAUGUUGAAGAUACUCCAAUGGCUCCUGCAAGACCUGACUGGUGCAAUGAAAUAGAAGAAGAAGAAUCUGAUGAUGACAACCCGAGUGCUACACAGGAUACAUCAGAAUGUAGCGACAGGAAACAGAAGAAAGGUAAACACAAUAACAUGAUAAAGAAGGACUUUAUGCCCGGCGUUAAGAAUGUUGUUCCAUUUGAGAUUCAACCUCGAGUGAGUGAGAUACAAAAGAAAGCACAGAAGUUCUGCCACUGGAAGAGCAAAGGCUUCCCCGGCUCGCAGCCCGUGUCGAUGAACAUGAACAACCUGUCGCUACUCAAGAAGCCAUACAGGGUCUCGUGGAAAGCAGACGGCUUCAGAUAUAUGAUGUUAAUAGACGGCGAAGACGAAGUGUACUUUUUGGACAGAGACAACUACGUAUUCAAAGUUCACGGUCUCAAGUUUCUACAUAAAUCCGAUCUGACGCAUCACCUCAAGGACACUCUGCUCGAUGGUGAGAUGGUCAUAGACAAGCAGAACGGCAUUGAAACGCCGAGGUACUUGUGUUAUGACAUCAUCGCCUUCGAGAACGAAGACAUCGGAAAAGCUGAAUUCUACCCGACAAGACUGAACUACAUAAGUGAAGAAAUCAUCAAUCCCAGAAUACGGGCAAUGACCAAAGGCUUAAUAAGGAGAGAGAAGGAGCCAUUCGGUGUGAGACGAAAAGAGUUUUGGGACAUCACGAUGUCGAGGCAACUACUCGGCGAGAAGUUCGCCAGGCAACUCCUCCACGAACCAGACGGGCUCAUAUUUCAGCCCUCUCUUGAGCCGUACAUCGCUGGCACCUGCGACAAAGUGCUGAAAUGGAAACCCGGUCACAUGAACAGUUUAGAUUUUCUGCUCAAAAUAGACACUGAAAGCGGAGUGGGUAUCGUUAGGAAAAAAAUUGGACUAUUGUACGUUGGACAGUGCUCGAACCCAUGGGACACAAUAAAGCUGACGAAAGAAUUAAAAAAUUAUGACAACAAGAUAAUCGAAUGUAAGUUCGAGAACAAUCAGUGGGUGUUCAUGCGAGAGCGGACGGACAAGUCCUUCCCCAACAGCCAGAACACGGCCAUGGCCGUUUGGGAAUCGAUCAAGAAUCCCGUCACUAAAGAGAUUCUACUGCAUUACAUCGACAAAAAGAGAUUCAUUAAUGACGGAUCCGAAUCCGGUGCGCCGCCCACCAAAAUGGCUCGCACCAUGUCGGAUCAGUAGAAGCGCCGAUCGCAUUAACGAACACCAACUAUAGUAGAGUUAUUUUGUCCGUGCAGUUUGGGUCAUAAAAAAUCGGAGCGGUGAAGCGAGUAUUUCGCUCUCUCUUCCACUCACGAGCCUUAUGGACGGGCAUAG